AUGGAGUGGCCCCUCCUUGAACGAACAUCUGAGGGGAACCCUCAGCUAAUGUCACACUUGGAGAGGCAGAUCAGACGGCGAAAAAUCCUCAUUUACAGGUGAGUGAAGAGUGACUCUCCUCCCUGUCCUGAGUGGGAGAGGCGAGACAGAAAUUGUGUCACCGCUGUGACGUUCUCUCUGUGUCCUUCCAUGUUUCCAGGCCUUCCUCUGAGGAGGAGGAAUCCUCAGCCCUGCUCCAGAAGCCCCUCGAGACAGGGGGGGCAUGCCCCCUUCCAUGUGGCGAUGCCGAGCUGUCACCCAGCAAGAGGCAGCGACUUCAGCAAGGGCCACUCCGAACGGCAGAGCAGAACGGGGAAGUUUGCGGCGCGGCGGGAGAGACCUUGUGGCGGGUGGCCUCUCCCAUGGAGAAGCAGCAGCGGAAGAUGCUGGCUGUCAACCUGGAGGACUUUUCAACAGCCCAAAUGCUUGUGAGGAUGCCACAGUGUGGGGGCUGGGUUGCAGGGGGCAUGAGAGGAUUCCUAAUGGGCUGUAUGAAAUCUGGUUCUGAGGUGGGAGAACCCGUUGAACAGAUCUCAAGGCCCCAGUUCCAUAGUUUCCCCCAGUGCUUUUCUCUCUCUAGAGAAAUAGGUGCCGGUACUCACCAUGAAGUUGUUACAGUAAGUGCCACACUUUUUAAAAAGAACAAAAAAGAGUUUCUGGUACUGCAUACCCUUGAGAACCUCCUAAAAAAAAAGCACUGGUUUUCCCACUGUGCACUACAGCUCCCAGGGUGCUUUGCACUACCAGACUAGGAGAAUUGUGACCUAUAGUGUACCUCUUGCAUUGUGAUGGAGGAGUCAAGCCGCCUGGAUUAAGGACGCUGAAGGAUGCCUUGUCCCCAUGAGUUGAUUCCUGAGUAAACAUACACAUGGAAGGUGGGGAAAAAGGGGAAAGGAGGCCCCUGUCCCUCAUUAUCCUUAAGCUCUUUGAAACUUGGUGUGCGCCUCUCUUUGCCCAGAAUGAUCCACAAGGGGAUCCCCAAAGAUCUGCCACAUCUCCCUGUGCAAAUCCCCCCCAGUCAGCAGCUGUGAAUGAAGACAGAGUUUCCUGGUCAACAAAGACACAAAGUAGUCCAGUGUGCAGGUGAGGAGAGGCCCCAGGGAGGCGGAAGGAGUGGAACAGCUUUGGGACUGAGCACUUGAUUUAAAACAUUCUGCCUUUUUUUUACCCUUCCUACCCUCAGAUCGUCUCCCCCUAAGGGCUACCCUCCAUCCCAUCGAGAGCCUCAAGAGAAGUUGGACCACGCCCGCCGGCAACUGUGGGACAAGAGGGUGUCCCCCCCACGGUGUCGCGCUUCAGAGCGCCUGCAUGCCAAGAGGCAGCGCCUUCAGAAGGGGGUUUCCCUUGCAAAGGGGAGCGAGGGGACAAAGACCUCCCUGCUGGAAGCGGCUCAUCAGCAAAUCCUCGCCACCAGUUUGGAGGCUGGUUCCUUGAGCCAAGCUCUGGUUAGUUAAGGUUGGGAAGCAGCCUCACCAGAUAGUGCUGGGAGGGACAGGGAGAAUCCUGUUGAAGGAGUUGGAGGGUGGUGGCUCAGUCCACAUUUUUAUUCAGCUGUCUUUUCUUGCUGGCAGGUUGCCGGCACUGGCAAGGAGCAGCCGGAGACCUCCUCAGCCCGCUGUGGGUGAGUGCCCCCCUAAACAAAGGCACAGAACUGCUUGUGCCUCCCCCAUCCUUUAAAGACGGUGCCAGUCACCCAGCAAGAGAACUGAUCCACUUCAAGGGUUACAGUUGGUGCCUAUUGUGCGAUCCCAAACUCCCUUGGAGGGUAAAGUGAUGGUCUCUUUCCUUUUGGGAGAAAUGCUAACUUUGACCCCCUGGGUGUGUCUCAAAGCACGGGGAGGAGAAGGGCUAAGGAGACUGCUUUAUCACUGCCCCACUGUGUUUCUCUGGUUAAUCAGGAGUGAUCAGCUGAUGCUGCCUCGCCAAUCAUCUCCAAAUGGGGACACCCAAACCCCUCGAGACCCACAAGACCAGUGUCAUCAAACAGGUAGGGAAAACUCUUGAUUCAGGUGUUGUGUGCUGUUAAGUCUGUCCUUCAUUGCAAAGUGGCAUCUCAGGGGUGUGCAAGUAUUUUGUGUGUGUGUGUAACUUCACUGGAACAUCCCUGGUCCCAUGGAGUCUGAAAACCCCUUUGGUAAUGCAGGAAAAAUUCCCAUGUUGGACUGAAUCCAGGCCGGAUGAUCAGUCAUCUCCCACCCAUGGCAAGGUGUUCGUGGGGCUGGAUGAAGCGGGCACAGACUCAGGCAUCCAGAUGGGAGUGCCAAGAGUCAAGCUGGGCUGAAUAUCAGCCGGCCAGAGUACUCUCCAGAAAUCUUGAGACCAGUUAAUAAUCUAAGAAAGGCAACAGCUAAGCAGCUAGAGGAAGAUUCUCAGGUGUAAACAGAAGAGGAAGAUGUCUGUAUCCUUCACAAAGUGUGUGUCGGUGUGCUGGGGGAUGACAACUCUUGACUCUAAGUCAGAGACUGGAAACCUUUGACCCUUCAGAUGUUGCUGAACGACAUCUCCCACCAGCCCCAGCAAGCAUGGCCAAUGGGCAAGGAUGAUGGGAAUUGUAGUCCCAUAGGCCUGGAUGACCUCAGUUUGGGGAAGGCUCCCUUUGGCCCUCUUGUGACAAUGUUGUUCCUUUCCCUUCUUGCCAGAUGUGUCCACUGAAGCUCCAUCCUGGCUGCCUUCAGCAUCUGCUCUCUUGCGUCCAUCAUCUGCCUCCCGUUUCCGGCACUGGGGUCUGGUCCCCGUCUUCCAGAGCGUGCGCUCCAAGCUGGAGGCCUUUGCUGACAUCUUCCUGACCCCGUCCAAGCCAGCCGUGCAGUCCACCGAGGGGCCCCCGUCCCUGCCCCCUUGCCCGCCAGGGAAUGAGGAGCAGGAAGCAGCCCAGCCGAGAACACCCCGCCAGAGAGUCAACAUCGAGGUGAAAAUCGCCAUUUCGGAACCACGCCCCCGGAAGAGGAGCUGCCACCACGAAGAGGAGGAAGAAGAAGAGGAAGAGGAGAUGGGUGAUGCAGUGGUGAGCGGGCGGCCCCCUAUCCGCCAGUGGCGCCUGAACGAAGGGGACCCGGCCCCUCAGCCCCGCCUCGGACGCAGCUACUCCUGCCCUGACGUCCCUGGUGCCCGCUUGUGGCAAGCCUCCCCCGUGGCCCUUCCGCUAUCUGCUCAGCUGCGACAGCGUCGCCACACCGUCUGCAGCCUGGAAGUGUCCCGGGAGCUGGGCCGCCCCACCCCGCCCUGCCUGCGCAAGGAGGUGUAUCCUUUCAGCACACCCCCCGCACACUUCUUGCUGGGUCCCUCCAUGCACGUUCCCCACUGCGAUGGCUCCCCCUAUGCCUCCCAUGUGCCUUCCUGCCGCCGUGAACCAGACACCGUCCAUUCCAGGUAAAAAUAUUCUCCUCCCCGCAAGCUGUUUGUUAUCCCUCAAGAGUCUAACAGCUGUUCCUUUGAACACCAUUAAAGGGCACAAAUGACAUGUUAGGUAAGUGUUUGCUCCUUUCCCAUUCAAAACCAAGAGGGAGAAAGAAGCAAGCACUGUGGGGUUGUUUGUGCCAUUCUAGGGUGAUUGUUUAAAAAACCUCAGAGGCUGAAUCCUUCUUGGAGUGGACUUAAUGAAGUUAAUGGAUCCAAGUUAAUUUCAUUUACUUCAAGGGGUCUAUUCGGAAGAGGAAAUAUCUAGUGUGUAUGUGGAGGAGUUGUGUCCUAGUGCUGAAGCACAUCCUCUGCACGUCAGAGAUCUAUUGUUCUAUCCCCUGCACCUCCAGGCAACAGCUUGAGUGGCAGUUUUGGGAAAGCCCCUUUCCUGAAAACCAGGCAGUGGAGAUGAUGUCAGACCAGAAGCACUGGAGGUCUGAUUCUCCAUAAGGCAUUUCCAUUCAUUGACUAGUGCUGGAGGCAAAUGGGCUGAGCCUCUUCCCCCUUUGGUUCAGCUCACAGGCAGAAAGGCUUUGCACCCUCGGUGCUGUGUGGCAUUGCUUUACUGGUUUGCCUUCCUCUUUUAAAGUCCCCUCCACUGAAGAGGGAGAACUGUCAGCUGGGAAACAUCAACGUCUAACUCUAAUACACGAUGCUUGGUUUCUCCUCUGUCCUCUGCAGGGAGCUCUCUCCCUCGCCCGAUUGUGGACGGAGGGCGUCUGGGAUUGGCUUGGACGUGGUCGACUCAGAGUUGCUCACGUCUGAGCAGAUGAUGCUUUCAGAAGUUGAGAUGAAGGUCAGUUGCUGUUUGACUCAAGCCUCUCAAUUAGAGGUGCUGCACCGUGAAGAAUGGGGGUCUGUGGUACCUGCUCUCGGUUCGAGGGCCAUUUUGCUUUGCCAUUGUGGCCUUUCAAAAUCCUUCUUACCCGCCCUAAAACCUGCAGGAAUCCCAAGACAACACCGUAGGGAAGGUGUCCUCCAUAAGGAUCCGCAAGACACCGUCCAAGCAGCAAGCAAAUCUCACUCCCAUGGGGCUUCCCCGGCCUGUCAGGUGAGGGCUAGAGUGGAAUGGGGGGCGCCUUUCUGCGAAUGGAGAUGAGUAGCUUGUGAAUCUGCCUGACAGUGGUUUAGGAACUCUGGAUUCAGAUUCCACAGUGCUUGGAAAGGAGGCGGAUGUGGUCUUCUAUAGCCUGGGGGCAGAUGAGUGCUGUACGAGAGGGGGCUCACCUAAGGAAAGGUGUAAAUGGUUUUGGUUUUUUUUUUAAUUAAAAGUGCUAGCUGAGUUGAACCUGCCAGUCAAGAAUUAGCGCUGUCCACCAAUGUUAAGGAUUUGUUAGUUGAUCAUCUGUCUUUCAACUGAAACAAAUGCAGAGCCUCUUUGACAGGGACCACUUGAGUGGUGGUGUGUGUGCUGACUCUGGUACUCUUGGACAAUAAAAGCAAUAAAAACCCAGUGGGCUAAACCAUUGGGCCUGAUUCAGAUUGAAUUGCAAGCUUAAGAGGUCAGCUGGUAGUUUCUGGCAGAGCAUGGAAGCAAAGCGGGGUAGCAGGGAAAGCAAUCUGGUGCCCAGCAGGGCUAAGUGAGUAUUCCUAUAUAGUUAUAUCUAUAUCUACACGCACGCACGCACGCACGCACACAUAUUUUAUUGUAGGCCAAGGCCAUUUCUGGGUGAUGAAUUCUAUUAUCUUCUUUCCUGUGUCAGGUUGAACAAGAAAGAGUUCAGCCUGGAGGAGAUCUACACCAACAAGAACUACCGCACACCCACAGAGAAGAGGUGAGGAAGUCUGCUGGCAUCUGUCCUUUUCUAAAACACCAGCAUUCAUUACUUUUGUGUGCAUACACCCUUCUCUCUCUUUCCCCUCUGUCAUUUCAAGCCAGCAACCCCAGAUUCUGACUUCAGCAUCCGCAAGCGAUAAGCACUACCUCCUGCAGUCUGAAUAUAUUUGUGAACAUGCAUAGUUUGCUCCCCCAAAAAUGGGAUGAGGAUAGUUAUGGGGCAGUGGUGGUGACAGGGGCAUAGAGUAGUAGUGUACAAGCUCUCCCUAUUUUCUGAGCCUUUGACAUAUAGGUUUAUAAGAGCCCUGCUGGGCCAGACUGAAGGUUCAUCUAGUCUAACCUGCUGCCUUCGGGAAAGUCCGCAAGGAAAUGAAUUAAAUUACCCAUUAUCAAUAAAAGACACUUAAACACAGGGGUUUUAAAAACAUUCAAAACUGACUGAAAUCAACAAAGGCAAAUGUAAACACGUGUAGCUUCUACAGGUCUAGAUAGGCUUGCCUAAACAAAAAUGCUUUAAGCAGGGGCCAGAAAAAGUGCAGCCGAGGCACCUGUGUGAUGUCAAUAGGCAGGGGGUUCCAAUGUGUAGGUGCUGCUGCAAGUUCCUCUUCUUGAAGUGGUUGAGUGGGCAGAUAUGGAGAAAGGCAAUCCCAAAAGUAAACACUAUUCUUGGGCAGCUGGUAGUCAGAGGCAUAUUAUCUCUGUCCCUAGAGAUCCUACUCGUCAUUGAUAAGCCUUAUCACCCAUGAACUUCAUAAUCCCCUUUUAAAGAUCUCCCAUUUGGUGACCAGCGCUGCACCUAAACCAGGGUCAGAGAACCUUUUUCACCUAGUGGGCCAGAUCCUAACUUGACGGCAACUGAUGGGCCAUAUUUAACAGGCAGGUGGGACAACCUGCCUGUCCGUCACCAUGUCAAGUGAUUGGUAGGCGGGCUGUCCCAUCUAGCUGUCAAGGUCCACUUUUGUUGUGGAUCGCCCUGAGAUGAAGGGUGGUGUACAAACUUAAGAAAUGAAAUGGCCCUGCUGGUCCUGUAGCACCAAGUGGUUUGCCUUAAAACCUCAGCUGAAACGGGGAAAUGCAGUUUCAAGAGAAACUGGUGCCAUUGGAACAAGCAAAAGAGCACUCUGGAUUUCACUGCAAACUCUUGUUCUUUUGUAGCCUGACUGGACCAGCGGUAAAUAGAACACAAGUGAAAUGCCAACCACUUACAGUUUUAACAUCUGCCCCGUAUCCUGAAAGCAAUAUGCAAAUAAGUGGAUGAACUGUGGUCCUCUACCUUAUGAUAUGUUUUGUCAAUGGCCCUUGGAAUUGAUAAAUCUCUCAGUCCCCGUGCUGUACUUCAUGGUCACUGCUGCACCAUCUUUCUGCUCCUGUUAAUACUUGUUGCAGCCCUCAGAAUUUUAUCUACUUUCCUGAGAAGUGCUGCUUUUAAUUUAGAAGUUUCAAGUUCUUAAGAUGGAUGGAGCAAAUACUUGACAUGAGCAGUGAAUGCCGAAAGCUCUGAAUGCAAAGGGGACCUUGGGCUGGGAGUUGUCUUGAGUUCUCUACGAAGGUGCCAGGACAUGUUCUGUGACUUCUCAUUCCUUCCACCCUCCAAACCUCUUUGGUGCUUUUUUUGUGUGCCACAUGUUGCCUAAACAUCCCAAUUUCGACCCAUGCCUUAAAACCAGACUGCAUAAUGGCAGAGCGUGGUGACCUUAACCGUUGCAUUGUUCGUUCCAGCUACAAAAUGUCAGCAGUUUUGUAGUUAGUCUGCAUUUGUUUAUGCUUUUUAUACUGCUAGACUUGGUUAGUGGAGUCUGAGAGGUUGUCUCCUUCUUUUUUCCUGGUGUCCCACCUCUUCCUUUCUACCCCUGCAGGUCAUUUGAGACCAUCUUUGAGGUGCCUCUGGAACGCAACGGAGCGCUCAUUUUCACCAGCCAGCGCAAGCUGAAGCGGGCCAUGGAAUUCCAGGAGGGAGGCCUCCCUCGCAAGCAGCGCAAAGCCCACUCCCGAAGGAGUCGCAGGGCAGCAGGAGGGCGGAGGGUAAAGAAGCCCCAGAGUCCAGAGCUGGAGGAGAAGCUGCAGCAGCGGCUGGCUGAACUGGAUGCCCUGUUUGAGGGAGAAGAAUGCUGA